AUGGCAGCAAGAUUGGCAGCCGCAGAAGAAAAUGUUGCUCGCCUAACUAGGGCGACGUCGGCAGCAACAGGAAUACUCCCAGGGCCAGCUCUACCACCACCGAGCAGAAGCAAUGCCGCAAAAGGACCAAGCGGGAAAACCCUAGUGGAAGACGUAAUCGAGGAGGAAAAUGUGGGAGAGGAAGGAGAAGGUGUGGAAGACGGAGAACCGAUGGAUUACGGUUUGCUGUUGGAUGGAGAACUGCUAGCCUCAGACGCAGACGACGACUCGUAUGUUCCUGUGGCUCAACCGAAAGGGAAAGGCAGAGCAAAUUCGGAGGAAGAGGAAGGAUCGCUCGUGAUGGCCAUGUUGAUCAGUCGAUCAACCGCUGGCGAGGAUAGCCAAGUUGAUUCACCAACCGCUGGCGGAUUCGGAUAUGAAUCGGUCACCCUUGAGGUGGCGGCCAUGUUGGAAAACAACCUCUGGUGGCUCUCCCGAGCGGGCAUCACCUGUCGCAUGAGUUUCCCCGCACGAGCCAGUCACAUUAGAAGUGGCGGACAAGUUAGCUAUCGAAGACCCUCCUCCUAUACAGCUGACGGCGAUGAGAUGGUCAAGAUGCAAGGAGAGAUUGACGACUUGUACUCUGACGGAAAAUUCCAGCAGGGAGCGGCACUCCUAGCGUACUUCACGGACAGGUUCUUGCGGGAGAGGUCAUCGUCAGAACGACCUACACCGGGGCCAAGCAACAGGCCUAAACAGCUGCCGGUACUAGACACAGCGGAGCCAAGACAAAUGGAGCUAGGACGACCUCCGGUAGGGGAGCGACAGCCUCAAAUCGAGCGACGCGUAGACCCAGUUGAAAGAAGACCGCGAGUGGAGCGUGUCCAGCAGCUACCAGAGUUGAGGCAACCAUCGACCCAACAUCCGUAUCUAGAACCCCCAUGA